AGGGCUCGAGAGCUUCCUAAAGGUGGCGAGGCUCGCCGACUACGGGAUCAACUACGCCGUCGUCUCGAUCAUGGGGCCUCAGAGCAGUGGAAACACUUCGGAACCAUGAAAGUUAGGGAAAACGCCUGGACUCUCUGAAAUUAUCCCUGUCAAGUGUCUUCUAUACCUCUAAAAACGUAGAAGUUGCGGAAGGUGAUUUAAUGGAGAGGACGAGUGUUAUUGACGCGGUUGAUUGACUGCGGUGGCGUCUUCAACGUUCGAAGAGUGGAUGAUACUUUUUUUCUUGAAGGUUUCCUUUCAUAAAGGAAAAAGCACCUUGCUGAACCAUCUUUUCGGGACCAACUUUAGAGAGAUGGAUGCCUUAAAGGGAAGGAACCAAACCACUAAAGGCAUCUGGAUUGCAAAAGCUCGGGGAAUCGAGCCUUGCACAAUUGUCAUGGAUUUAGAGGGUACUGAUGGGAGAGAAAGAGGGGAGGAUGACACAGCAUUUGAGAAGCAAAGUUCUCUUUUUGCUCUGGCAAUAUCAGACAUUGUUCUAAUCAACAUGUGGUGCCAUGACAUUGGCCGGGAGCAGGCUGCUAACAGGCCACUUCUGAAAACAGUAUUUCAGGUCAUGAUGCGAUUAUUCAGUUCUCAGAAAACGACAUUGCUAUUUGUUGUUCGUGACAAAACAAAGACUCCAUUUGAACGCUUAGAACCUAUUUUAAGGGAGGAUGUACAGAAGAUUUGGGAUACUGUUUCAAAGCCCCAGGCCUACAAGGACACUGCAUUGAGUGAAUUUUUUAAUGUUGAGGUCACUGCUUUGGCCAGCUAUGAAGAGAAAGAAGAGUUAUUUAAGAAGCAGGUUGCUCAACUGAGGCAGCGUUUUCUCAAUUCAAUAGCUCCUGGAGGUCUUGCUGGUGAUAGACGAGGUGUUAUUCCUGCUUCAGGAUUUUCUUUCAGUGCACAACAGAUUUGGAAGGUUAUAAGGGAAAAUAAGGAUCUUGAUAUUCCUGCUCACCAGGUAAUGGUUGCAACUGUUCGCUGUGAAGAGAUUGCAAACGAAAAACUAAGACAUUUGACCUCUGAUGAGGCUUGGUUGGAGCUGGAGGGAGCUAUUCGAUCUGGCCCAGUGUCAGGGUUCGGGAAAAAACUUGGUUCCAUCCUGGAUGCUUAUCUUUCAGCAUAUGAUAUGGAGACCCUUCACUAUGAUAAAGGUGUUCGGAAAGCAAAACGGCAACAACUGGAAUCUGAAGCACUGAAACUUGUGCAUCCUGCAUUUCAAACAAUGCUCGGACACUUGCGGUCUAAAGCGCUUGAACAGUUCAAAAUUGAUAUUGAACAAUCUUUACAAAACGGGAAAGAAUUUGCAGUUUCAGUUCGUGAGUGUACCAAGUCUUCAAUGCUUGAAUUUGAUAAAGGUUUUGCAGAUGUGGCAAUAAAGCAGGCUAAUUGGGAUGCUACAAAAGCUAUGGAGAAGCUCCGUCGCGAUAUAGAAGCUCAUGCUGACUCUCUUCGUCGUGCGAAAUUGUCCAAACUUAAAGAUGAUUAUGAGAACAAACUGACUGAAGCACUUGCAGCACCAGUAGAGUCCUUGUUUGAUACUGGAGGAAAGGAUACUUGGGCAUCCAUAAGAAAACUUUAUAAGCGAGAGACGGAGAAUGCUAUAUCUUGGCUCUCAACAUCCCUUCGAGGGUUUGAACUUGACCGGGUCACUUUAGAUUCAAUGGUAACAGAUCUGAGAAACUAUGCUAGAGGUAUAGUGGGAAAAAAGGCGAAGGAAGAAGCUGGAAAAGUUUUGAUGCGCAUGAAGGAUAGGUUCUCAAAUGUAUUUAGCCAUGAUAAUGAUUCUAUGCCUAGAGUCUGGACUGGAAAGGAAGAUAUUAGGGCUAUUGCUAGGGACGCUCGUGCUGCGGCACUGAACGUUCUCUGUACAUUGGUGGCUAUACGUUUGGAUGGGAAAACAGAUAAGAUUGAAAAUAUUCUUUAUUCUACUCUUUUGGAUGGCGCAGUUAAGAAGUCUGGAAGCAUGGAAGGAUUGGCAGAUCCAUUAUCCUCAAGCACAUGGGAGGAGGUUAGCCCGAAGGAUGUACUGAUACCACCUGUACAAUGCAAAUCUAUAUGGAGACAGUUCAAUGCAGAAACUGAGUACACUAUCGCACAGGCGAUUUCCGCGCAGGAAGCUCAUAGGCGCAACAACAAUUGGUUACCUCCUCCAUGGGCUAUUCUUGCAAUUGCGAUCCUUGGUUUCAAUGAAUUUAUGAUGCUUCUCAGAAAUCCUCUAUACCUCAUGGUAAUUUUCGUUCUUUAUUUACUGACCAAGGCCAUCUGGGUACAACUUGACAUCGCUCAAGAGUUUCGUCAUGGCAUGCUCUCUGGGCUUCUUGUAUUGUCAUCAAGAUUUAUUCCAACUGUUAUGAACAUCCUGGGAAAAAUUGUUGAUGAGGGACAAACGCGACAGCAGACCCCACAACAUUCACAACUAUAUCCAUCGGUGAGCUCACAGAAUUUACAGAGCCAGACAUUGAGGCAAGCCACAGUAUCUGACUCACUGCCUGCAUCAUGCUCUUCAUCCGCAAUUUCUUCAGACAGUGAUAUUGAGCACUGAAGAUCUUUAAAAGGAGAGAAACUGGAGGAUAUUGAUUGAAGAAUCCAGUACGCCUGAUUCCAUGAUCUUCCAUGAGAAACUUAAAUGUUCUUUUUUACGUGUGGCUCUUGUUUGCUGGGGAUGAAAAGAGGUACCUCUCAAUUCCCUCCUGUAAUUAAGUUGACAGUAUCCUUAUCCUUUAACUAUUUGUUUUUUUAGAUUAUAUCCCUUUAGAUUGAAGAAAAUGGGGAUGACACUCUUUUUUCCUCCGCGCAAUAAAUACUGUAAAUUAUCACUGUACAGUAUACAAACUGCAACAGUUUAGUAGUCUUUCUGUAUGGAAUUUGAGUUAAAAGCAUAGAGAAUGUACAGGAUGCUGGUUUCACUGGUGUAGGUAGUGGUAUAAAUGGUUCUAUUGUUUGCGGACA